AUGAGGCACACACCGCAGACAUCAUCACCGCUGCUGCGAUAUGUAGCUGCUGCAGGCGCCCCACCGUGGCGAUGGGGCGCACCCGCGCUCGCUGCCGCUGCUGUCCGCCUCCUGCAACAGCGCGCCCUCGCCAGCGGCGCGGCGGCAGGUGCCCAGCAGGCCGAGGCCGCAACGGCCGGCGCUGCUGCAGCUUGGCUAGACAUCUCUGAGGGCCGGCUGGGCGUGUGCAGCGUCCCCGUGGCCGGUGACACGCAAGCCCCAGCAGCUGUGCAGGCCGCCUGGCUCGGCCUGCGGCGGGCGCUGGGCGGCGCCGCGCCGACCUUUGUGCUGCUCACCACAUCCUUCGCGCACGGCGUGCACUCGCCGCUCGCUUUCCUGGCGGCCCAGCUGUCCGAGUGCCGCGACGGCGCGGGGCACGGGCCGCCCCUCGUCGGCUGCACUGCGCCACUCUGGUUGCCCGGCGUCGGCCCUCAGAGCCCCCUGCCAAACGCGAGCACCUCCAUCGCAACGGCCACCACGAGCAGAGGCGGCGGCGGCAGUGGCGCAGGCGCCGCGCCCCGCCAGGGGCUGGACCUGCAGCAGCAGGGGCCGCCCGGGCCCGGCCCCAAGCGGCUGCGGCACCACGUGACGCUGUCGGGCGCGGCGCUGCCCGGCUUCACCGGCCACCUGAUCCCCUGGCAGACGCACGACUCGCUGCCGUGGCUGCCCUACCGCGGCCACCGCCUGGCGGGGGCGCACCCGCAGGUGCUGCUGCUCGGCCACCCGGGCUCCACGGAUCACAUGGAGUCGGUCGUGAGGCUGCUGCAGCGGUUCGAGGGCCUGUUUCCGGGCUCCGCCCUGGCUGGCGUGGUGGCCGGCGCCGUGGACCCACGCAUCAGCACCGCGCCGGCUGGCAGGGACGAGCAGCAGCAGCAGCAGCAGCAGCAGCAGCAGCAGCGGGCGGCGCCCCAAAAGCAGCAGCGGGCGGGCCGCAGCCACGUCGUGCGGCGCGCCCCAGGGGCCCGGGCGGCGGCCGCGGCGGCGGCGGCCGCCGCUGAGCCGUUGGCUGCAGGGGCCGGCGAAUCGGACGAGGACCGAUUCGCCGGCGGCAGCGGCGGCUCGGAAAAUGGCGCCGAACCAAGCCAGAACGGCAGCAGCAGCAGCAGCAGCAGCAGCAGCAGCAGGUCCACGGCAGACAGCAGCAGGGCACUGCUGUUCCUCGCGGACGCGAGCGGCGCCGGCGGGGGCGGGGAGGUCCGCAGCGCCACUUACGACAGCGGCCUCUGCGGGCUGCUGCUGGACCCGCCGCGCGGGGGCCCCAGGCUGGCGGAGCCGAGCGCGGCGGCGCUGCUGCGGCUGGUGCUGGGGGCGCAGCGGCUGGGCAGCCGGUCGCUGGGGAUGACGGUGAUGCCGGACGCGCUGCGCGAGCAGGUGGGCCCAACCCAGGAGCUGGCCGCCGCCUUUGCCCCGCCCUGCCCGCGCCACCCGGACCGCUGGGUGCACGUGCAGACAACGCCGCCGGGCCUACAGGGCGAAGGGGGCAUGGCGCCGCAGCAGGCCGGCGAGCUGCCGCUGUUUGUGCUGGCCAGCCCGGUAGCAGGCGCGUUCUGGCCGGGGCUGUGGCCCGGGGAGGAGCAGGUGGUCAACGUUUUCGAGGGCCGUUACAAGCUGCUGGUGCGCGCGGCGCUGGAGCAGGCCAACGCGCAGGGGCAGGGGCAGGGGCAGCAGGAGGGGUGCGGGCAGCAGCAGCAGCAGCAGCAGCAGCAGCAGCAGCAGCAGCAGCUGCAGCAGCAGCAGCAGCAGCAGCAGGCUCGGAAGCGGCGGCAGCACGAAGACACAGCCGACGCCUGCGCAUCGCACGACGCCGCCGCCGCCGCCGCCGCCCCCGCGGCCGCUGUGAUAGCGCACGCUGCCCGGCACGUUUGGGCUGGCGGCGGCGCAGGUGCAGUGGUUGGAUGA